AUGAUUCAACGGUUGCUCCCAUUAUGCUUCGCACCUUCAUUACGUUCGAAUGCACGUUCAGCUGCAGGAAAACGAGUCGUUGAUGCAUAUGAUUCGAAAGCAGAAGUCGAAAAGAAAAAUUUGCUACUUGGGAUUGCUAACACAUGUGGACCAGAAUUUGCAGCGCUUGAAAACGCUAUAUUACUUUACAAAAAAAAUCCGGCUAUGGUUCAUGAAGUUCGGGAAGCAGCGACUCCUGUACAUUUUCGGCUUUUACAGUCAAUCGGAAAUCUUCCUGGAGGGAUUCGAGUGGUCUGCAAUAUGAGAGCACAUCUUUUGCACCUAAUAAAAAACGAGGACGACAAAGCAGCCGUUUCUGCAUUCCGCCGCCUAGAAAGAUCUGCGCGGGAACUUCUUACUUUAUGGUUUUGCCAAAGUAGCUUGAAACUCGAGCGACUGACAUGGCAGUCACCAGCAGACAUCCUUCAGAAGGUUGCAGAUUACGAAGCAGUGCACCCUGUGGAGGGCGUGACAGAUAUCAAAAAACGUGUUGGCUUACAUAGGAGAUGCUUCUACUUCUCCCACGAAGCCUUGCCUAGGGAGCCUUUAGUUAUUGUCCACGUAGCCCUUUUAAACGAAAUCGCAGACAACGUACAGAAGAUUGUGGAAUGCGAUAAGGUUGACUACUUGGAGGAAGAAUGCAGCACUGCAAUCUACUAUUCCAUCAGUUCUGCUGAACCAGGUCUGAGCGGAAUUGAUCUCGGCAACAUGCUAAUCAAGAGAGUUGCCACUCGACUUCAAGGCGAGCUUCCUUCACUCAAAGUUCACUCAACCCUAUCUCCAAUUCCUGGUUUUCGCGCUUGGAUGCUUCGAUGUUUGCACAUGAAUUCGCUUUUUGGUUCCGUCAUUGAUGACAAGGUGCUAAAGCAGAUCUCACAACUCUCUGAUAAGAAAGCUACGGCAGAGGAGGCAACCCAAUUUCUCCUUGACGUUCUGACCAACCCCGAACCAUCCCGGCUGGAACCGCUAAAAGCCAUUUUGCUUCAUUGUUGUGCACACUACCUUACAGCUAGGCAACAAAAUGGAUUUGUUUUAAAUCCCGUUGCCAAUUUUCAUCUAAGGAAUGGCGCUGAGUUGUACCGGUUAAAUUGGAUGGGGGACGUCAGUACAAGAGGUUUGGAGAGCAGUCUGGGAAUAAUGGUAAACUAUAGGUAUCGACUGGAAAAGGUCCUAGAAAACAGCGUCCGCUACACUCUCGACAAACACAUCGUCAGACAUGAUAAUAUUAGCUCAAAGUUGUAAAAUGAUCUCAAUAAAUGAUUCAUGAAGAUUUCUGCGUUGCAUUAUCAGCUUACUGAAGUUCAUUUUUUCAUCAAUUUGAUCG